GGCAUCCAGUCCUCUGUCUGAUCACAACAUGAAGGCCUUUGUGGUGAUUGCUGCACUAGCUGUGGUGGGCUCAGCUGCCCCCGGCAACUAUGCCAACCUCAGGAGUGCUGCUCUCCCCUCUGGCCUGGGUGCCAUCGCUGCCCCUGUGCACCUGAAGACCAUCAAGGUGGAUGAGGUCAAGUCUGCUCCUGUGACCGCGAACCACGCUGCUCUGACCUACUCGGCUGGCGCCAUCGCCGCUCCUCUGGGCUACGCCGCCCACGGCUAUGCCGCUCCCCUGGGCUAUGCUGCCCACGGCUAUGCUGCCCACGGUUAUGCCGCCCACGGUUAUGCUGCCCACGGCUACGCUGCCCCCGCCGCUGUGGCUGUGAAGGCUGCUGCCCCCGUGGAGCUGAAGACCAUCAAGGUGGAGGAGGUCAAGGCUGCUCCCGCUCCCGUGGCCUACGCUGCCCCCGUGGCGUACGCCGCCCCCGCCGCCUAUGCCAGCCAUGCCGCUGUGGCUGUGAAGGCUGCCCCGGCUGUGGCUGUGGCUGCCCCCGCCGUCACCUACACCGCCGCCGCGCCCGCCAUCGUCCGUCAGGAGGUCGAGAUCCCCGUCACCAAGACGGUCCACUACGCUGACCAGCAGGUCGUCACUGGACACACCACGAGCAUCCACAAGCCGGCCAUUGCUGCCCCGGUCAUCGCUGCCCCCAGAACCCUGGUUGGCAAGACCGUCACCAACCCGGCCACCGUCAGCGUGCAGAAGUACGCCGCUGAGGUCAAGACCAUCAACCACGUGCCCCAGCCGUACGAUGUGCCUUACGAUGUGCCUGAGCCGUACGCUGUGCCCACCCCCGUGCACACGGCCCCCGUGGAGGUGAGGAAGCGCGUCUACGCCCCGGCCGUCCAGGCCGCCCCUGUGGCCUACGCUGCCCACGGCUACGCUGCCCCCGCUGCUGUUGCUGUCAAGGCUGCCCCCCGUGUGGUGCCCAGACAUGUUGUGAUCAUCUUCCUCAAUAUAUUUCCAUUCCCCAUCGUCUCCGUGCUUUAA